AUGGUAGUCGAGUCCGGGAGAAAUGGGCACGAGUUGGCUCCCUUGAACAACCAUCGCCAACCUGUCCACAACGUGACGAUCGUGGCGACCGGAAGUCAACAUGUUGCCGCCCCCCAGGAGACUAAGGAGGAGAACAGGGCGGCAUGGAGCGGAAAAAUGCAAUUCUUCCUCAGUAUUAUCGGGUACAGCGUCGGUCUGGGCAAUAUAUGGAGGUUUCCUUAUCUGUGCCAACAGAACGGAGGUGGUGCCUUCCUUAUUCCUUUUUUCGUGAUGCUCAUCCUGGAGGGUGUACCCCUUUUCCUGAUCGAGCUGGGUGCCGGGCAACGUAUGCGGCAGGGCGCCCUGGGCGUUUGGAACACAAUACACCCUUGGCUAGGCGGUAUAGGGAUCGCGUCGUGUAUAGUGACGUUUUUCGUUUGUCUUUACUACAACGUAAUUAUUACCUGGUGCGUCUACUACCUCAUCAACUCGCUUGAGGCUGUCACGAUCAAAUUUGGUGAAUCACUGCCGUGGGCAAAAUGCCCGGAAUUGGAUGGAAAGCCGGUCGAGGAAUGUGUCAGGAGUUCGGAGACCGCAUAUUUUUGGUAUAGGACUACUUUGGAUGCGGCACCGUCCAUUGAGGAUGGACAAGGUCUCAAAUGGUGGAUCGUACUUUGUCUCUUGUUCAGCUGGAUCAUUGUGUUUUUCAUCGUCAUGAAGGGAAUACAGUCGUCCGGUAAAGUGGUAUACUUUACAUCCAUGUUUCCGUAUCUCGUGCUGACCAUCUUCUUCAUUCGCGGGAUAACGUUGCGAGGUGCGAGCGCCGGGCUGGCGCAUAUGUACACGCCAAAGGUCGAGAAAUUGGCUGAGCCCAUGGUCUGGCUUGACGCAGCGACCCAGGUCUUCUAUAGCUUCGGGCUGGCGUUCGGCUCCCUGAUCGCGUUCGGCAGCUACAACACUCCUGACAACAACUGCGUGAGGGACGUGAUCCUGGUGAGCGUGUGCAACGCGUUUACUGCCAUUUACGCGAGCGUUGUCAUUUUCGCCAUUUUGGGGUUCAAGGCAAUGUCAAACGUGGACAAGUGCGUCGUCAGUGCGAGGGACACCUUGAUGCAAAAUGGGCUGUUGACUAAUUCGACCCCGUUCAAUCUCGAGGACUAUGAACUUUUUAUGGACAAUUUCAACUCCUCGGCGUGGAACUUCACAAUAGAACCAUGCAGCCUCAGCAAGGAAUUGGACAACGCCGCCGAGGGUACCGGACUAGCUUUCAUCAUAUUCACGCAAGCGAUCGUGGAACUACCGGGAGCGCCGUUUUGGUCUUGCAUUUUCUUCAUGAUGCUCCUAGCUCUCGGCUUGGGUUCGCAAAUCGGACUACUCGAGGGUAUGCUGUGCGUAAUCUUCGACAUAGAUCUUUUCAAGAGAAUAAAGAAGCAAUACAUGACAGGAGUCCUCUGCGUCGUUUGCUUUUUCGUGGGACUUCUCUUUUGUACUGGCGCUGGGGAGUAUUGGCUGAAGAUGUUCGACAGUUUCGCCGGCACCAUCGGCCUCGUUAUAGUCGCCCUGUUGGAAAUGAUCGCCGUGAUUUUCGUGUAUGGCCACGAAAAAUUCACGAAGGACAUCGAAGAGAUGACUGGACAUAAACCUGGACUUUAUUGGCAAAUCACGUGGCGAUUUAUCGCUCCCGCGAUAAUGGGUUGCAUCCUUGUGUUCAGCAUCGGUUCCAUGUUCAUUAAGAAACCGCAAUAUUCGGCGUGGAAUGCGGAAUUGGGUAAGGCUAUACCCACGGAUUAUCCUGGCUGGGUGUUGGGCAUCGCUGUCGUCAUUAUUUUGGCGGGUAUAGCUCCGAUUCCAAUCGUUUUCCUCUUACGUCGGUUCCAAUUGGUGAAACUCGACGUGGAUAUACAUCAAGGCAGUAUUCGACGUAUCGAUACCACCGUUUCUACUAAAGAGAUGAUGGGUGACGUUGACCUUGACGAAUAUCAUGAUCGGCUCGAGGACUUCCCGGAAGAAGAUGAGGACAUUAACAGCGACGAUGAUACGAAUGCCGCACCGACUAUGAGUAGAAUGGCUAACAAAGCAAUGAAGGGUAGGGCCUUCAAAAUGGAAGUAAUGAACUUUUAAAAACGCAUAAUCAGCGAAUAACCUCUUCCGUUUGUAAGUGGUACGGUAACAUCAGACAUCAAAUUAUACAUAUAUAAAGACCCAAAACUUUGCUAAAUUAUCACCAGAAUUUGUGAGAUAAAUUUAUUCUCUCUAUUAUUACAAAAAAAAGGAUACACAUGAAAUAUAUAUAACUAAAAUAGUUAUUUUGUCUUAGGGGUCACAUGUAAAUCUAAUUUUCUGUGAAAAUUAGAUUUUAACAAAGAAUAAUAUAUGUAGAUAUAAAUAUAACUAUAUAUAUUUAUGUUUAUAAUUAUUUAUAACUCAUAAAAUAUAUAUUAUGUAUUAUAUAUUAACUUUUUCCAUCUUUAAUUUGAAGACUUUAUUUAUCCAAAUUCUGGACAAGAUUUAAAUUUUAAGUCUUUAAUUGUAAAGAUUUUAAAAAUUUAGUCUUUAUAUAUCUAUAAUUAUUGAUAUUUCUCAGGACGCUGUGCGUCUUUAAAAUCGAAUAUAUCGAGCAAGCAAAUGAACAGCAAAUGAAUAGCGAACGCAUAAGAAGAAAUUUAUUUAAAACUCUUUUAAUGCGUCCCAAUUAUGAAUGAGGCAUCGAAUAUGAAUUGAAUAUCAACAACAUAUGUUUACAUUUGACACAAUUUCAAAGUUUAACGAGGGAAGUCCGCGUUUCACUCGUUGUUCAUUUGCACAAACGAUAGAAUGCGACGAUCGUUCUUCUCGUACAUAUAUACGUAAAUCUUUGCGUUAAAUGGAUAUAGGAUAAACCGUGAAUUCGCUGUAAAUCGAGCUCAAAUGUCGGACUGCGACACCACUGAAAGCAAUAUGCAAUACGGAGAUACAUUUUAGAGGUGUAGCGCAAAAGAGCGACCAAUUGCGUAACGACGGUUUAGUGUUCAAACUUCACCGUCGCGUGUCACACUUCCAGGAAAAUCGUCAACCAACAGGUGAAUUAUGGUAGAACGUGUAUAGCGGACAAAAAAUAGCGGAGAGAAUAGAAUGUUCUGGCUUUUUUAGUAUCGCGCGAUAUGGAGACGAUCGGACGUGGGAUCCUGGAUUUCGUCCGUGUCAAUUCGAUUUUAAUUAAAUGCGAUUUUUUUAAAUAGAUCAGUAGUUUAAUCUACGAAGGAUAAAAGGGAGACGGUCGGUGAGACUAGACAAUAAAAUUCAACGUAGUCGAAUGAUUAGUUCGACGUAGUCGAUUUGUUUACUGCUUUUCACACGGUCCCGGUGUAAUGUACUUUCGAUUCCUCCGAGGUUCUACCUUACGCAUAUCACGACCACAGUCCAGAACUGAUCGAUCUCGCUUCCAAAAGUAUUCCAAAAAAUAUUUCAGAUACUAAACGAAUUAUUUGCAUUAAUUUCUAAGUUGUAGACUUCUAAAUGUUUUUUUAUUUAUUUAUCUCAAUAUAUGUCUGUUUAGUAACGCACUUUUUAAUCUGAAAAUUACUUUCUUUGUUUAAAAAUAUUUAUUAAUCUUUAUUGACAUUAUAUUACAUUUACAUGUAAUAUAAUAUAAUGUGUGUAAGCUUGGAAAAGGAACAUUUUCUGUCUUAUACAUAUGUAUAAUAAAAUAUUAUUGAAAAAAAAUAUAUGUACAUAUGGAUAUCCAUAUUUAUAUUAUGUACAUAUUUUUACAUAUUUGAUUAAAAAAUAAUUUUUUUAGUAUCUCAUAUAAAAAAUGGAAAAAGAAAAUAUGAUCGAUUAAAUCCGCGUUACCUAAUGCGUUCGGCGCUCAGUUCGGCAAACGAUUACGCGAAACACGCGUAACACAUUUAUAAUUGAAAAUUGAUUAAAUUACAUUACGCCAAGAAAAAAUUAUCUCUAGUUCCAAAGAUAUCAUAAAAUGACGUAUUUCUUUAUUUUUAUUCAAAUACACGGUCAUUAUCGCUAGCUGCGGGAUAUCAUUAAUUUAACCGUUAUCAGAAGCGACGCCUUACAUUUUUUUUAUCGCUAAUUUCCCCAGAAAAAAACAUACCUGGAAUAAUUCGUGCGGUGCCAUUAUGACGUUUCGAUAAGAUUAUAUUACCGAUGCAGGGCAUGCUGGUAGAUUAAACUUUGGCAUCGUGGUUGCAUAAGAUGUCCCGCGUAAAUGCGCGCGGGAGUCUUCCGCUAUUGCAAGAUUGACAGAUUUUUUUCUUUCGGGAAGAGUAGCCUCUCGCGCGGGGCGCUCAGCAUCAUCGUUUGGCUGGUCCAGCUAUUUUGGGUACGGAAAUAUUAUACGGUUAUACCGAUUUUCCGCGCUAGGACGGAUGAUCAAGGCGGCGGUCGGUAUGCCAAGCCCUAUCCCCUAAGUCCUCGCUCCUGUGAAACAAUGUGAUGACAUAUUGCUGUUAAGAAAUGUUGAUCGAAUAAACGUAAUGUCAUUAAUAAUUAAAAAAAAAAAGAAAAUUAUAUGACCCGGAAAUACGCACGCGUAUUUCCCUCAUUCGUGUCAAGAGACACGAUCGGAAAAGCACCACGAUUGAUCAUCCUUUGUCUUAUUUAUACUGUACAUAAUUUAAACUGCGAUCGAUUAAUCGCAGAAUGAAUCAGCGGGAACGGGUGCGCAGUGUCGAGGACUAAUUCCAAGAGAAGGUCAAAUUAGUGAUCGGCACUGUGCAAAGCGCGACGCGUCACAGCUUGCGCCGAGAUUGCAAGGGAAACGAUGCGCGGAAUGUAAAAUAAGAGCGAUCGGGAGGAUAAUUAUAUUAAUGACAUUACGAAUUCGAUGUAUCGAAUGCGUAACGCGUGUGUGCCAUUGUAAAUAGUAACUCGUGUGGCUUUACGCCACCGAUCGCAUCUAAAUUGAUACCUCGUGAAUUGAUACCUAUUUUUUGAAUCGCUUAGAAUAUAUAGUGACGACACACAUCCGUUAUCGGUUUACUUUCUUCCCUAUUUUCUAUGUGAAAGUAUAUUGUCCUUCUCUUCGUGUUAGGAGGGACGUGUAAAUUUAGAAAUUAUGUCAAGAGCUAAUACAAAUAAACCGUUGCGUAAUCUAUUCUUUUUUUUUCUACAAAUAUGUACAAUAAGCGAUAGUUAUUUAUCGUUUCGGAAACGAUGAGAUAACGUUGGCUGAAUGUAAAACACGUGACGCAACAAAAGCGAGUUAUUCUUAAAUGUCAUUAUUUGAAAUUUAUUGUUUAAACUUUAAGAUCAUACCGUCCGAGGUCGUCCUACAUCAUCCAAGGUGUAAAAAAGGUCGCAUCGUUUUUAUAUUAUUAAUUUAAUUUUAAUCGUAGCUUUAAACAACGCGCGCUAUAUGUAAUAACGUAUUUAUUAUUUUAAUAAUUGCGUUAAAAUUUUCUUUUUUAAAAAUUUAAUCCAUUAUUUUUUAUUUUAUUAUGAUUAGAGAUACGAGGUAAUUGAUAAAUAAAACGACACGUGUGAUUAAUUACUAUUUGGAUUUAUCUAAACCGUAAUUAAUAAUUAUGGAAAAUGUGACUAAUAUGAAACGUGAAUAUUGCAAGAAAAUGAGCAAAUGCAGAAGAGAUGUUACUACUCCUCAUUAUAAAGAAAAAUAUUAAUUCACUUUUAAUUUGAUUGAACUAUGAUUAAUAAUUUUUGUUCGUCACGCAGAAGAUUUUUUUCUACUGCUUCGGAAAGUCGAAGAACUUUUUUACUUUAUUUUUAAAAAGUAAAAAGAAUUUCAUAACUAGUAAUUGCUUUAAAUUAAAAUAACCAAUGUAGCGUACAUUGAUCAUUAAUAGAGAGUACAUAAAGUACAGUUACAUUUCAACGUGUAUCCUGUAACUAGUGUAACUUGAACUUUACAUUUUAGCUCUUGUUUAUACGCAGAAUGAACAAAGAAUUAAAAUUUAUCUUGAUAUAAUAAUUUUGUAAUUCCUAUGUUGUCAUGUUCUCAAAUAUCUCAGAAAACUAAUGAAAAUAAUUCAAUUCAACAUCACAUUCGAGACCAUCAUUUAAAAAAGAUCUAAAAAGUAAGAAAUCUGUAUGUGUAUGACUAAGUGAGCGAAUGAGAGAAUGAGAGAGAGAGAGAGAGAGAGAGAAAAGAGAGAUUCUUCAUCAUUAAUUGUGUCAACUUCUUCCAUGUCACUCGUUAAGAAUUAAGGAGUAUCUGCAAUUGUUAUGCGACAUUCCUUUUUUUCGAAUCAAACUCUCCGCGCAUAUUUGUAAACUAUAAACAAAAUAAUCUUCAACGAUUCAACAUUUCAAGAAUUUUAAUACAACGCUUCUUGGCCUAUCUUCUUAUCGGGCAAAAAAUUCAAUGGCACCGUUAAACAUACACAGAACACAUGCUUGUCCUGUCGUUUCAGUAUUCGAACUUAAACUGUUUGUGUCCGACGCGCUCGGUAAUUCCUCGAAGUGAUAUAUGUACAUAUAGUUAUAAAUGACAUAAUUAAUGUUGGAUAGUUCUGUCUAGAGACCUUACAAUAAGAGUCUGGCCGUGACAUCCAAUUUUCACUAAUUUGCCUACUUCCGAGAGAGAAAGAGAGAAAUAAGAAAAAGAUAGAAGAGAAAGAGAAUGACGAAGAAACUGGUGAUGGUAUAUUUCUCUCGCAGGAUCUUGCCGACAUGGCCGGAGUCUGAUUAUAGGGUCUCUAGUUCUGUCUUAGGCCGCUGAAGUUCAGUUAACGUGCACACUCCUCGGAAAAAAAAAACGGAUUCUCUCUAUCCUGCGAAAUUUCCGUAAGUUACGCGUAAUUAUUAAGAGAACGCGCGAGUAUUAUACGUUUCGUUUGUUAGGUUUAUACGUAAUGAUAAUUACUUUAGUGCGACGAGAUCGAUUUCGAUAGUAAACGAGUACUUCCGAUUGUUUAAUUUAAUUGCUCGACACACUAUGUGCGUUUUACUUUUUUUUUUCUUUUUGAUAGCGCGGAUGCUCAAACUGUAAUUUGUUGCUCGAACUUGAGCAUUGUCGACUAAAUACUUUUAGUGACUGAUACUUUAGGCGUUUACUAGGACACAGUGUACACAAGAUUUAAAGCGUUUAAAUAAAAGCUUAUUUAUUGC